AUGAUUGUGAUGAAGCUGGGAGAGUUGGUCAAUACCGUUCCAACUAUCGGCUUCAAUGUUGAGACAGUCGAAUACCCGAGAAAGUAUCGAUGGACUAUUUGGGACAUGUCCAUGUCUAGGAGGUCUGUCAAGCAAUUGAUCCACAGCUACUUUCCUGGGACAGAUAUUGUCCUCUUUAUCCACAACUGCGAUCCGCAACAGCCAGAGCCGAUCUAUGAUUUUCACUACUUUGUCGACUUUGUCCAUAAGCACGGUUGUAAACAUAUGUGGAUUCUCCUAAAUAAACAAGACACGCUUCCCGCAGAAAGUGCCCCAGAGAUUGUCGACGGUCUGCGGAAAAAGUAUGAGAAGGAGAUGGCUAAGUACGAUCAACUCUCAUGGAAGAUUUUGGAUCACAAGCUCAGCGCCAAAACGGGAGAAGGGGUUCAGGAAAUUCUUCACCAACUCCAUUCAUCUGCGAAUCUUCUUCUGCGGACUCGACCGAAACCACAGCCUCAACCUCGCACUGAGCCUGAGCAGGAUCCCGAGCCUAACCCGGCUCCAGAGAUAGCAGAGGACACAGUAUCCAGUCCGAGACUCAGCGAACCUAUCAAUAGAAAAGCUUCACAGGAUUCUGUCAAUGCCCAGGCCUUUUGGAACUCGUUUGUUACUGGAGAUAUACCAGUGUGGGACCAUCAUGCCCACCUCAAGGUCACGUAUAUUCUUGUUUUGGAGUAUGUGCAACAAAGAAGGAGCACAUUUGCUAUGGCCGAUACUAUGCUUGCCCAUUUAAGGCGGUUGCGAAACAGUCAGCCAGAGAAAUUUGGAAAUAGGGAACACCGGUAA